UGAACGGAUGGCAGAAGGAGCCGAGCGGAUCCUCCAGGAACGCCGGCCAGUUAUUUUCGUGUCAUCUGUGGCCACCCAUUGAUGUCAGGAUGACGAAGCUGGGGUUUCUACGGCUGUCCUACGAGAAGCAGGACACACUUCUGAAGCUUCUCAUUCUGUCUAUGGCAGCCAUCCUGUCUUUCUCUACGCGUCUGUUUGCCGUCCUCAGAUUUGAAAGUGUCAUCCAUGAGUUUGAUCCGUACUUUAAUUAUCGGACGACGCGAUUCCUGGCUGAAGAGGGCUUCUAUAAAUUCCAUAACUGGUUUGAUGACCGCGCCUGGUACCCUUUGGGGCGAAUUAUUGGAGGAACGAUUUACCCUGGAUUAAUGAUCACCUCUGCUGCGAUCUACCAUGUCCUCCAUUUUCUCCACAUCACCAUCGACAUUCGGAAUGUCUGUGUGUUCCUCGCCCCUCUCUUCUCUUCUUUCACCACCAUCGUCACGUACCACCUCACCAAAGAGCUCAAGGAUGCAGGGGCUGGACUUCUGGCUGCCGCCAUGAUUGCAAUAGUUCCUGGCUAUAUCUCUCGUUCUGUGGCUGGCUCAUACGAUAAUGAAGGCAUCGCCAUCUUCUGUAUGCUGCUCACCUACUACAUGUGGAUCAAAGCAGUCAAGACCGGUUCCAUCUACUGGGCUGCCAAGUGUGCCCUCGCCUAUUUCUAUAUGGUCUCCUCCUGGGGAGGUUACGUCUUUCUGAUCAACUUGAUCCCGCUCCACGUGCUGGUGUUGAUGCUCACAGGCCGCUUCUCGCAUCGUAUCUACGUGGCCUACUGUACCGUGUACUGCCUGGGCACCAUCCUCUCCAUGCAGAUCUCCUUCGUGGGGUUCCAGCCCGUCCUUUCGUCGGAGCACAUGGCCGCCUUCGGGGUAUUCGGACUGUGCCAGAUCCACUCCUUUGUGGAUUAUCUGCGCAGCAAGUUGAACCCGCAGCAGUUCGAAGUGCUUUUCCGGAGUGUCAUCUCGCUGGUGGGCUUCGUGCUCCUCACUGUGGGAACACUCCUCAUGCUGACAGGAAAAAUAUCUCCCUGGACUGGGCGCUUCUAUUCACUGUUGGAUCCUUCUUAUGCCAAGAACAACAUCCCCAUCAUCGCUUCCGUGUCUGAACACCAGCCGACAACCUGGUCCUCGUACUAUUUUGACCUGCAGCUUCUGGUCUUCAUGUUCCCAGUUGGUCUCUAUUACUGCUUCAGCAACCUGUCCGAUGCACGGAUCUUCAUCAUCAUGUACGGGGUGACGAGCAUGUACUUCUCAGCAGUCAUGGUGCGACUGAUGCUUGUCCUGGCGCCUGUUAUGUGCAUCCUUUCUGGCAUCGGUGUCUCCCAGGUGCUGUCCACAUACAUGAAGAAUCUAGACAUUAGUCGGCCUGACAAGAAGAGCAAGAAGCAACAGGAUUCGACCUAUCCUAUUAAGAAUGAAGUGGCCAGCGGAAUGGUACUAGUCAUGGCUUUCUUCCUCAUCACCUACACCUUCCACUCCACAUGGGUGACCAGCGAGGCCUACUCCUCACCCUCCAUUGUGCUGUCGGCUCGCGGCGGGGACGGCAGCCGGAUCAUCUUCGAUGAUUUCCGAGAAGCUUACUACUGGCUGCGCCACAACACCCCAGAGGACUCAAAAGUAAUGUCAUGGUGGGAUUACGGCUACCAAAUCACAGCUAUGGCGAACCGAACCAUUUUAGUGGACAAUAACACAUGGAAUAACACUCACAUCUCUCGUGUGGGACAGGCAAUGGCAUCCACAGAAGAGAAAGCCUAUGAGAUCAUGAGGGAGCUGGACGUCAGCUAUGUGCUGGUCAUUUUUGGAGGCCUGACUGGGUAUUCCUCUGACGAUAUCAACAAGUUCCUGUGGAUGGUGCGGAUCGGAGGGAGCACAGACACGGGCAAACAUAUCAAGGAGCACGACUAUUACACGCCCACUGGGGAGUUCCGCGUGGACCGAGAAGGUUCCCCGGUGCUGCUCAACUGCCUCAUGUACAAGAUGUGCUACUACCGCUUCGGGCAGGUCUACACGGAGGCCAAGCGACCCCCGGGCUUUGACCGAGUCCGGAAUGCUGAGAUUGGGAAUAAAGACUUUGAGCUCGAUGUCCUGGAGGAAGCCUACACCACAGAGCACUGGCUAGUAAGGAUAUACAAGGUAAAGGACUUGGAUAAUCGAGGCCUGUCCAGGACAUAAAUGGCACAUCCAGCUCCACUCGGCACUGAGUGCGUCACAUGGAGGACGCUAAAGAUGUUUUUUGAAGUAUGCAGUUUCCAAGAGCAGCAUGAUGGGAUUAGGAUUGUCCAGAAAUUUGUAUUUUGGUUUUUUGUUUGUUUUAUUGCUCUGGGCAUUAUGGGCUGGGCCAAACGGAAUGAUUUUUUUUUUAUAAUACUGAGCAGGUCACCAAAUGAAAUGUCAUGGCUUUACUUUGGUCAAUUAAAGGGGGGAUUUUUUUUUUU